AUGUCGGGAGUGAAUCGUCCUUUGAGUCGGAUGAGGAAACUCGAAACUAAAGAAGCUCUAUUUCGUACUAGAAAACGAAUCUUGAAAUAUCUAGUUCUCGGUUUUCUGAAGCAGGAAGGAUAUUUAAACACAGCUGAUACCUUCGCGUCCGAGGCUGCUCUCACAGACGAAUACACGCUGUGCGAUAACAUCGACUUGGAUAUUAUUUUACAGGACUAUUGCAGUUAUUAUCUAAUCAGGUUCAACAAACAACCCCAGUUUUGUCGUAAAGUCGACGAGCAACCGGUUAGGCGUCCGCAGACAAGGAGAACUAGACAGGAACUCGUAGUGGAGAAAGUGGACCCUGAACCUGAUCUUCCGGGCACAUUUACAGUGACUAAGUUGUUGAAGGAUAAUUUAUUAGCGAAUGCCGAAGCCCCAAUUUCAGCGUUGGAAAGGAAACCAAUAGCAGGUUACUUGUCUGGUAUAUCACAAGAGAAGAAGCAAAUUGUAGAAUUACUAUAUCAAGAUAUUAUCAGGCCGUCUGGCGUAUCCUGGGAUGAUAUCAAGGGCUUGACUGCGGCCAAGAGUAUUUUAAUGGAGUCUGUCGUAUACCCUGUGAGAUUUCCCGAAGUAUUUACUGGCCUGCUCGAGCCCUGGCGAGCGGUGCUGCUGCACGGCCCCCCGGGGACGGGGAAGACGAUGUUGGCGCGCGCCGUCGCCAGCGAGAGCGGCUGCACGUUCUUCAACAUAACCUGCAGCACCGUCGUCAACAAAUGGCGGGGAGAAUCAGAGAAAAUUGUGAAGGUGCUGUUCGACAUGGCGUCGUACUACGCGCCGUCCAUCAUAUUCAUAGACGAGGCGGAGUCGCUGGCGGCGGCGCGCGGCGCAGGCGCGCACGAGGCGUCGCGCCGCCUCACGGCGCAGCUGCUCGCCGACAUCGACGGCGUCGUGCGCCGGGACGGGGUCGUGUUCCUGCUGGUCAACUCGAACAUACCUUGGGAAAUAGAUUCAGCGAUGUUAAGAAGAUUGGAAAAGCGUAUAUACAUACCCUUACCUGAUUUUAAGACAAGAGUAGAAUUGUUUCAAUCCUUUCUCUCUAGCAAGAACAUAGAACUCGUACCAAAUGUUGAUUUUGAGGAGUUGUCCGCUAAAACUGAGGGUUAUUCGGGAAGUGACGUGAAACUCGUCUGCAAGGAGGCUUUGAUGGCUAACGUUCGGAAAAUGUUGCCCAAUAUGGGAGGCAACACAGGACAAUCAAAUCGCAAAGAUAAGCUAUCUCUAUCGGAUAUUCUUACAGCGAUAGAGAGGACGAAACCGAUUUCCAAAAAUCUUGCAAGGAAGCACGAAGAAUGGCAAAAGGAAAUGGGAUCGGCUUAG